AUGUCCUACGCGGAGCUCAUCUAUGUUUCCACUUCCGCGAACAGAUUUGCCCAGGCCGCCGACAUCUCCAGUGCUGGUCUCGUAGCAUUAGGCUCUGGCAGAUUUAUAUCUCUUUGGAACUCCUCCGCAGACGCAACACUAAAAAGCGUAUUCGUACAGGCACACACAAGCGGCGUGGCGACGCUCGCGGUCGGCGCUGGAUGCGCCGCGACCGGCUCGUCGGACGGGUCCGUCAAACUGUGGACCAUGCCGGACGCAGCAGACAAACAAGGCGCACCCCGCGAGGCACAGACUAUCCGGAUGAGGAAGGGCUUUCCGCUUUCUGUCGCGCUGGGCAGCCUUCCCGGCACACAUGCCCCUACUCACUCCUGGAUGCACACAGGCGCGCUCCUCGCGGUCGGGUGCACUGACCGGAAUGUGCAUCUUUAUACGCGUGCGGACGAUAAUUUCGUACCGGCCGCGGUCCUACCGGGUCACGAAGACUGGGUAAAAUGCCUCGCAUUCAAGCCGCCCGAGAGUGAGGGCAACCCGCUCGUCCUCGCAUCUGGCUCGCAGGACAGCACUAUCCGCCUGUGGAACAUUGAGGCGUUUGCUCGUGGGGCGCUGGGUGCGUCGGCGCUCCAGACAGACACUGGCGGGGAUGCAACGGACGAACUGCUCGAUGCGUUCGAAGCCUCGCUUGUAGACCUGCAGGACGCCGACGACGGAGGCCGGCAGAUAUCUCUCAAACGGCACGUUCUGACUGUCAAGUCCUCAUCAGAAAGCCCACAGCUCUUCUCCGUCACCUUUGACGCGCUCCUCGUCGGGCACGAAGCCGGCGUGACCUCGCUCGCCUGGCGCCCCGUGCAAGGCGCAUCCACCUCCCCGACGUUGCUCUCGACCUCGACCGACUCCUCCCUCAUCCUGUGGUCUCCCUCGACGGUGCUCGCCGGCGACGAUGGCGCCGCGACGCUCUGGAUCAACCGCCAGCGGUUCGGCGACGUCGGCGGACAGCGGCUCGGCGGCUUCGUCGGCGGGCUCUGGGCCGCACGGGGCCGCACCGCGCUCGCGUGGGGUGGAAUGGCGGCUGGCGGCGGUGGGCACGCGCCUCUAGAGUGGGAGGAGGUCGCCGCGCUCACGGGCCACCGAGGUGCUGUGCGGAGCGUCGCGUGGAGCCCAGGUGGGGAGCUGCUCGUGUCCUCGGGCGUGGACCAGACGACGCGCGUCCAUGCGUCCGUCCGCACACGAGAAAUCUCGAACAGGGACGAGGAAGAGGAAGCAAACGGUAGCGAGAGGGCGUGGCACGAGCUUGGACGGCCGCAGGUGCACGGGUACGACCUCGUCGGCGCGGCGUUCGUGGGUCCGCUCGAGCUGGUAAGCGUUGCGGACGAGAAGGUCGCGCGCGUCUUCGAGGCCCCGCGAGAGUUCGUCGACGCUGCGCGCAACCUCGGUGUCGCCGACUUCGGGGCGGAAGGCGAGCGGCCCCGCGCGGCGGCACUUCCUCCCCUCGGACUGUCGAACAAGGCGCUGACGGACAUGAGUGCGGUGGCAGAGGUGCACCCCGAGGGCGACCCCGCACGGACGCGCCGACGGCCAUUUGAAGGCGAGCUUGCCGCAGCAACGCUCUGGCCCGAGACCGAGAAGGUCUUCGGACACGGCUAUGAGUCGAUUACGCUCGCCGUCUCGACCGCGCGCUCGCUCGUCGCGACCGCCUGCCGCGCAACUGCGCCCGAGCAUGCCGUCGUGCGCGCGUACGAUGCACGCACCUGGCGGCCCGUCGGCGCGCCGCUUGCAGGGCACUCGCUGACCGUUACGCGCGUCGCGUUCAGCCCCGACGACGCGCUCGUACUCACCGUCUCGCGCGACCGCACGUGGAGGCUCUUCGCUCGCGAUGACGGCGAGCUGGGGGAAGGGUACGUACCCGUCGCUGCGGAGCGCGCACACGGGCGGAUCGUCUGGGACUGCGCGUGGGCGCCGGAGGGGGACGCGUUCGCGACAGCGUCGCGCGACAAGACCGUCAAGGUGUGGCGACAGGUUGAAGCGGGUGAUCAUAAGUGGACGGCGGUAGCGACGAUCGCGGUGGACGCGGCGGCGACCGCAGUCGCGUUCGCACCGGCGCCGGGGGACCAGGAGACUACAAGACGGACGUUGGCGAUCGGCCUCGAAUCUGGCGAGAUCCAGAUAUACACAUCUCCACGAGACAAACCUGCUCAGUGGAAAAAGGCAUUGACCAUUGGGAACAGGCUGGCACACAUUGACCACGUCCACUGUCUAGCGUGGCGACCAGCAGAGGCGCAGCGAGACGGACACGGGAUCUCGCUGGCCAGUUGUGGGGAAGAUGGUACAUUGAAGCUAUUGACAGUUCAUAUCGCGGCGGAGUAA